UAUGAUCGGGUCGUUGCUGCCGGGUGGUUUGAGUUUUUCAGAAUGCUGAUCUACGGGGAUUUUAAAAAGAAAUCCUGAUCAGAUGCCAAACCUUAAUUGCUACCUUAGUUGGGCGUUUUACCUCUUUCAAAAGAUUCCAAAAUAAUUGGAUAAUUAACAGCUGCAUAUUUGUCACACCUUGUGGGCUCCUCGACCAUAUAAAGCAUCGCAGCAGGACAUCAGUCAGUCACUAGACACAGCAGAGACAGUGUUUGCUUUUUUCACCAUUUAGCAUCCAAACCGUGUCAAAAUGUGCAAGCUCACUCUAAUUGCAGCUCUCUGUUUGAUCAUCGCUUGCUUGGGUUUAUCUGGCAUCGAAGCACAAGGUGGCCGUAGAAACCGCUGCACUGGAAAACCGGAUGGGCAAUACCCCAACCCCGGGAACCAACGCUCUUUCAUCUACUGUGUAGCUGGAACAGUACACGUCCGAAAAUGCCCGGCAAAUUUGGUCUAUAACUCAGCCAUUAAGGUGUGUGCCUAUCCCGAUAGUCCAGUUAACAAUGCAAACGAGUGCUAUGGAAGAAAAGAUGGGCAGUACACCAACCCUAAAGACCAGCAUUCUUUUCUCAGCUGUGUAGCUGGACUAACCUACGUCAUGCAAUGCCCAGCAAAUUUGGUCUAUGUAGAAGCCAAGAAUUGGUGCGACUAUCCCAAUCAGCACCAUUACUAGUACAGAUGAUGGAGGCCAAUGUAGUAGAAGAAGAAAUGGGCAAUACCCCAAGCCUGAUAAUCACCAUUCUUCUCGGCUCUUUCUACAACAUUCGCAUCACUCAUACCCAACACCUCCACCACUAUAACCUCCAAACCCAAAGCAAGUCAUUGGGACAUAAUCAAAUUGUGUAAAAUGUUCAAUUUCCUCUGUUUCUUCAAUGCUUUUGGAUGUGAGAAAUGUAAUAGUGGUUAAAUAUCACAUUGUUUUCUUAACUUCAUUGUUGUGUGUAUAACCACAUUGGGUGCUUUCUCUUUCGUUUAUGUUUAGCCAUUGGUGAAUUAAUCAAUAAAACACAGCAAAUAUAC